ACGCAGCUCGAGCUUUCAUUGACUACGGAUUUGUCGAAUUAACCCGAGCCCCUCGCGGUGUCCACUGCUGCACGUACCUCCUCGCGCGUUGUUUCCCUUUCCACCCACAGCAUGCGUAAAGGCGUUUCCUAAUCGCGCAGUCUCCUGGUGCUUGGAACGAGCUCCUCUCCGUAAACUUUAUUUUUUGUUUUGGGCUGUUUUGUUUUGCGCCGCCUACCUGAGUUGCGUGUCUUCUUUCUCUCUAUCUCUCUCUAUCUUUGCGCGCCUGCACUCGUCUCCACCAUGGAUUUGGUCUGGAUUGCGGGCUUCGCGGUGAGCGUCUGCGCCUGGUUCGCUUCAGCGGAGCGGCACAGCGUCUACUGGAACGGAACGAACCCCAAGUUCCAAAGGGACGACUACACCGUGGAGGUGAAGCUCAACGACUACCUGGACAUCGUCUGCCCCCAUUACCCUCAGGGCGAGGUGCCGCUGCUGGAUGCUGAGCGGUACGUGCUGUACAUGGUGGAGCGCGAGGACUACGACUCCUGCAAGCCCCAAUCCUACGACCAGAUGCGCUGGGAGUGUGGCCACCCGUUCGCCCCCCACGCCCCGGAGAAGUUCUCCGAGAAGUUUCAGCGGUUCACUCCGUUCACUCUGGGAAAGGAGUUCCGUCAAGGAGAGAGCUACUAUUACAUCUCCAAACCUUUGCACCACCACGGGAAGGAGUGCCUCAGGCUCCGGGUGGACGUCGUGGCCGCUGACGGCUCCCAAGAGCCCCGAGUGGCUAAAGAAGGCACAGGUGGGGCUGGAGCCGGGGGCGGGGUUCACAACCCGUCCAACAGACUGCCUGCAGCGGACGACCCGGUCGUGAUCCUGCCAGACGUCCAGAAGAGCGUUCGGUCAAACUCCGCGCCGGCGGCUGCGUCCCUCUCCACCGUCUCCCUGCUACUCCCGCCCUCAUUGCUGCUGUUGUUGCACUGAGAGCACACGGAAUGGACUGCCGCCAGCAGGCUUUCUUUUCAGGGACCGCGACGAAGACAGUCCGUGGGGCCCCGGACUCAAGAGACGGUUUUCCACGCCCGGUGCCGGUCACAGGGAGAGGCUCGCCCGCCUUGAAAAUGCUGAGCAAUUGCUGAGAAUCUGAGACGAAGCGUGUUGCUUGGUCGUAUCUUUCUGGGAAAGGCCGGGCUCCCCUCGAGUCGCAUUCUCAAAGAAAAACAUGCUCGUGGGAUGACGCGAGAAGACAUUAUAAAGAAAAUGAGGGGGGGGGGGGGGGGGCUAGUGUGGCCGAAGAGGAGAGAAGCUGGGAAGCUGUACGUUUAGAUGAGAUUAAUCCACAUUCAGCGGAAACGUAAUCUCUCACCUUUUAUGAGCCAAAGAUCAGUCAUCACUCCGACCUGUACACUAUUCCACCCUCGCGUGUCGUGUAUUACUUGUUGUAAUUGUUAUCGUAACGGUAUCGAGUGGCGUUGGUGUCCCAUGUGAUUCUCUAAAUGUAGCAUUGACCGACACACACACACACACACGGAGGGGGGACCCGUUCUAAUGACAACCGAUCAUCUCGGAACUCGACCACGUGCUUGUAUACUGUAGCACUGACAGCGCACAGUACAGACGCACACACACACACACACACACACACACACUGAUAUCAGAUGACACGAGACAUUAAAACGCACUACAUCCAACUGUGUUGUGUGUUCGUUCUGUGAAGAUAAUUUAUAACAUUUGCAGCUGAGAUGUUUUACUGUACAUACCAUGUGCUCACCAAGGCAAAUGUUUGCUGUCGGGGCCGGCGGAGCAUCUCUGUCUCUCUCUCUCUCGCUGUCUCCUGGUACAGUUCGUACUCGUGUGAAAGGGCAAAGAUGUGAGAGAAAGGAAAAAGGAAAGGAUUGAUUUGAAAGAGACGAGACACAAUGUUUUUUUCUGACAAAAGCGAACACUGACAUGUUGUGUGUUUUGCGGAGGCUGGACUUCUCCGUUGCGUUGGAUCUUGCCACUGUAUUUGUUAAACUGUCUUACAUGGAGUGCUGGAGCAUCGCGGUGCUCUCCUCUCAUGUUUUCAACGCGGAGUUCACUUAUUUAGAGCAGGCGAUUUAACGCGGUUUUGGAUGAUUUGAAAACAUUCAUAGUCAGGCCAAUUUGAGAGGCGGAGGAAAUUUCUUCACGGUUCAAAAGAGACGAGUCACGGUAUGAAACAAAGUCGCCAAGCAGAUCUGCUCCUGACAGGCUCGACCAACAAGGCACAGCGGUGUAUGACUGCCAUUGAAGUCAAUCUUUUUUAUCUGAAUUCUUGUUACCUAAUUUUGUACAUGUGUAAGUAAAAACAAAAGUGUAUAUAUUUAUAUAUAUAUAAAUAUAUAUAUAUAUAGAAAUUAUAUAUAUAUAAAAAAUUAAAAAAAGUUUGAUAAAUAUGCUAAAUGUGAAAAUUUCAUGUGAAAUUAAAGAUAUUUUUAGAAAACCCGAA